AUGCCAAGCCUCGCUUCCAGCUGCGCGCCCUCUGACCUCUCUCACUCUCCUCCCCCUGGUGAGUGCUGCCAGUGACCGGGCUCCUCUGCUACAACUACUGUGCAGUGAGGACCGAGAGCCUGUUUUACUGGGGAUUACAGGAGGGUGUAACCGGUCCUGUAUAAAUCACUGAUUCACUGAGGAUGGAUAUGGACAGCGGUACUGUGACUGAGAGGAUACUACAUCUCACCCUGGAUAUCAUCUACCUGCUGACUGGGGAGGAUUAUGCAGUAGUGAAGAAGACACUUUCCAGCUGUGCCUCCAUCACGGUGCCUCCACCUUACUCACUGAUACAUGAGAGACACAAUGACCAGAAGAUCCUGGAACUCACCAACAAGAUCAUUCAGCUGCUGACUGGAGAGGUCACUGCUGGGAAUGGGACAUUAUACAGUAACACCAAGGGACGUGUCUGGGUGAUGACUGGAGAGGAGGGGGAGUAUAUAGAGGAAAACAGGGGUCUGUACAAGGACGUGAUGAUGGAGAAUCACCGGCCUCUCACAUCACUGGAUGGACCCAGUAACAGAGAUACCCCAGAGAGAUGUCCCCGUCCAGUGUAUUCCCAGGAUUGUACAGAGGAGAAUCACAGGAUCCCACAGGAGCAUCAGGAGGAAUAUAUUACUUAUUUUAAGAUAGAAGAUAAAGAGAGGGAAGAAGAGACGUAUGUGACUGAUAUGAAGGCAGAAGAUACAGAGGGAGAAGAAGAGACGUAUGUGACUGAUAUGAAGGCAGAAGAUACAGAGGGAGAAGAAGAGACAUAUGUGACUGAUACGAAGGCAGAAGAUACAGAGGGAGAAGAAGAGACGUACGUGACUGAUAUGAAGGCAGAAGGUACAGAGGGAGAAGAAGAGAAGUACGUGACUGAUAUGAAGGCAGAAGAUAUAGAGGGAGAAGAAGAGACGUAUGUGACUGAUAUGAAGGUAGAAGAUAUAGAGGGAGAAGAAGAGACAUAUGUGACUGAUAUGAAGGCAGAAGAGACGUAUGUGACUGAUAUGAGGGCAGAAGAUACAGAGGACGAAGAAGAGACGUAUGUGAGGGGUAAUCAGCAGUGUAAGGAGAAGGACAUCCCUACAGAUAUCAGCACAGCAGAUGGACCUCGGAGGAAGAUCUCGCAGAAGACCUCGGAGGGAGAUCUAAUUUUUUUUCCAGAUUUUACAAUACAAGAUAACAUUACACAGGUUUCUCCAGGAGACAUCCCUCUAAAUAUACAUUCUGUACCUCUCAGUGCCGAUAUUCCAUCUGAUUCCUCUGAUCAUGGAGAAUGUUCUCCCGAUAGCUCAAUUAUAGCUACACAUAGUGCUGGUCUUACAAGUGAUUCAGUCUUUACCUGCUUUGAAUGUGGUAAAAAAUUUGUACAUCAGUCACUGUUUGUUAGGCAUCAGAGAUCUCACACAGAUGAGAGUCUAUUUCCGUGUCCUGAGUAUGGGAAAUGUUUUACACUAAAGUCAAAUCUUGUCACACAUCAGAUAAUUCACACAGGCGAGAAACCGUUUCCAUGUCCUGAGUGUGGGAAAUGUUUUACACAGAAAUCAGCUCUUGUUAAACAUCAGAAAAGUCACACAGGUGAGAGUCCAUUGUCUUGUCCUGAGUGUGGGAAACAUUUUAUAUAUAAAUCAGAUCUUGUAAUACAUGAGAGAAUUCACACAGGGGAGAGGCCAUUUCCAUGCUCUGAAUGUGGGAAAAGUUUUUCUAUGAAAUUAGACCUUGUUAGGCAUGAACGAAUUCACACAGGCGAGAAACCAUUUCCAUGUCCUGAGUGUGGGAAAUGUUUUACUUUAAAGUCAAAUCUUGUCACACAUCAGAGAAUUCACACAGGCGAGAAACCAUUUCCAUGUUCUGAGUGUGGGAAAUGUUUUACAGUGAAGUCAAAUCUUGUCACACAUCGGAGAAUUCACACAGGCGAGAAACCAUUUCCAUGUCCUGAGUGUGGGAAGCGUUUUACAUACAAAUCCGUUCUUGUUGCACAUCAGAGAAGUCACACGGGUGAGAAGUCACAUCCAUGUCCUGAGUGUGGGAAAUGUUUUACACAGAAAUCAUGUCUUGUUAAACAUGAGAGAAGUCACACAGGUAUCACUGAUUCACUGAGGAUGGACAUGGACAGCGGUACUGUGACUGAGAGGAUAAUACAUCUCACCCUGGAGAUUAUCUACCUGCUGACUGGGGAGGAUUAUACAGUAGUGAAGAAGUCUCCCCCCAGCUGUGCCUCCAUCAUGAUGCCUCCACCUCAUUCACUGAUACAUGAGAGGCACAAUGACCAGAGGAUCCUGGAACUCACCAACAAGAUCAUUCACCUGCUGACUGGAGAGGAGGGGGAGUAUAUAGAGGAACACAGGGGUCUGUACAAGGACGUGAUGAUGGAGAAUCACCGGCCCCUCACAUCACUGGAUGGACCCAGUAACAGAGAUACCCCAGAGAGAUGUCCCCGUCCUCUGUAUUCCCAGGACUGUACAGAGGAGAAUCCCAGGAUCCCACAGGAGGAUCAGGAUAAGUAUAUUACUUAUUUUAAGAUAGAAGAUACAGAGAAAGAAGAAGAUACAUAUGUGACUGAUAUGAGGGCAGAUGAUACAGAGGGAGAAGAAGAGACGUAUGUGACUGAUAUGAAGGCAGAAGAUACAGAGGGAAAAGAAGAGACGUAUGUGACUGAUAUGAGGGCAGAUGAUACAGAGGGAGAAGAAGAGACGUAUGUGACUGAUAUGAAGGCAGAAGAUAUAGAGGGAGAAGAGACAUAUGUGACUGAUAUGAAGGCAGAAGAUAUAGAGGGAGAAGAAGAGACGUAUGUGACUGAUAUGAAGGCAGAAGAUAUAGAGGGAGAAGAAGAGACGUAUGUGACUGAUAUGAAGGCAGAAGAUACAGAGGGAAAAGAAGAGACGUAUGUGACUGAUAUGAGGGCAGAUGAUACAGAGGGAGAAGAAGAGACGUAUGUGACUGAUAUGAAGGCAGAAGAUACAGAGGGAAAAGAAGAGACGUAUGUGACUGAUAUGAGGGCAGAUGAUACAGAGGGAGAAGAAGAGACGUAUGUGACUGAUAUGAAGGCAGAAGAUAUAGAGGGAGAAGAGACGUAUGUGACUGAUAUGAAGGCAGAAGAUAUAGAGGGAGAAGAAGAGACGUAUGUGACUGAUAUGAAGGCAGAAGAUAUAGAGGGAGAAGAAGAGACGUAUGUGACUGAUAUGAAGGCAGAAGAUACAGAGGGAAAAGAAGAGACGUAUGUGACUGAUAUGAAGGCAGAAGAUAUAGAGGGAGAAGAAGAGACGUAUGUGAGGGGAGAUCAGAAGUGUAAGGAGGAGGAAAUCCCUACAGAUAUCAGCACAGCAGAUGGAGGCACAAGCUGGAAGACUUCGGAGGGAGAUCUCAUUUUGUUUCCAGAUAUUAAAAUACAAGAUAACAUCACACAGGCUUCUCCAAUAGACUUCCCCAUGACUCUAAAUAUACAUCCUGUACCUCACAGUGCUGAUAUAUCAUCUGAUCCCUCUGAUCAUGGGGAAUGUUUUCCCGAUAGCUCAAUUAUUGAUACACAUUGUGCUGGUCUUACAGGUGAUUUAGUCUUUACCUGCUCUGAAUGUGGUAAAAAAUUUGUACAUCAGUCACUAUUUGUUAGACAUCAGAGAAGUCACACAGAUGAGAGUCUAUUUCCAUGUCCAAAGUGUGGGAAAUGUUUUACACUGAAGUCAAAUCUUGUUACACAUAAGAGAAUUCACACAGGCGAGAAACCAUUUCCAUGUCCAAAGUGCGGGAAAUGUUUUACACUGAAGUCAAAUCUUGUUACACAUAAGAGAAUUCACACAGGCGAGAAACCGUUUCCAUGUCCUGAGUGUGGGAAAUGUUUUAAACAGAAAUCACAUCUUGUUUCACAUGAGAGAAGACACACAGGUGAGAGUCCAUUUCCAUGUCCCGAGUGUGGAAAAUCUUUUACACUAAAAUCAACUCUUGUUAGACAUCAGAGAUGUCACACAGGUGAGAAACCAUUUCCUUGUCCUGAGUGUGAGAAAUGUUUUACAUGGAAAUCAGCUCUUGUUAGACAUCAGAUAAGUCACACAGGUGAGAGUCCAUUUUCUUGUCCUGAGUGUGGGAAACGUUUUAUACAUAAAUCAGAUCUUGUAAUACAUGAGAGAAGUCACACAGGGGAGAGGCCAUUUCCGUGCUCUGAGUGUGGAAAAAGUUUUUCUCUGAGAUCAGACCUAGGUAGACAUGAGAGAAUUCACACAGGUGAGAGGCCGUUUCCAUGCUCUGAAUGUGGGAAAUGUUUUCCUAUGAAAUUAGACCUUGUUAUACAUGAGAGAAGUCACACAGGUGAGAGGCCAUUUCCAUGCUCUGAGUGUGGGAAGCGUUUUAUGGUGAAAUCAAAUCUUGUUAGACAUCAGAGAAGUCACACGGGUGAGAGGCCGUUUCCAUGUCCUGAGUGUGGGAAGCUUUUUGCAUACAAAUCAGGUCUUGUUGCACAUCAGAGAAUUCACACGGGUGAGAAGCCAUAUCCAUGUCCUGAGUGUGGGAAAUGUUUUACACAGAAAUCAAGUCUUGUUAAACAUGAGAGAAGUCACAAAGGUAUGUAACCAUUUCCAUAUAGUGAGGGCCUGAUUCGGGUUUGAAUGCAAACCUAAUGGUUUCCAUACAAGUCUGUGUCAUUGGAUGCAGACUUCCUGGACCCUGCUGACUGGAUCUGAUAGCCAGUCUAAGUAAGCUUUGGUUUGCGCAGACUGACCAAGGUUUGCUACCAUCUCGAGUCGCGAUGAUGAUCCAAUGCUGUGUACUCAGAUACAGCCCUCUGAUCUAAUGGAUGCGAGCCUUGGCACUUCUUCAGAGUGUGGACUGGCUCCUCCCCUCUAUGCCCUGAUAGCGCUUUGCUCAGUAGCAUGGUCUGGUCACUUAAGAACGUCCUUCAAUCAUCAUGUUACUUGUGGAUAUCAGGUAGCAAUGUAUUACGAGAAAACUCAAUAAGACACACACACACACACACACGAGUCAUGUCUCAUAAGUCUUCUGAUUUUUACUGUGCUACAGCAACAUAUAUAUAAGACAUACAUUACACACUGGUCAUGGAUGGUCAGCUCACAUUACUGUUCCCAAAGGUGGGGGCACACACAACAACUGUUCAGUGUAACAUAUGUUCUUUACAUUUUUGGUAACAGUCAAUGUACAGUGUACAGUUAAUUCAUAGCACAAUUACAUCAUACACUCCUAGUUUCUUCUCUUCUCAGCCAGUUUUCCUUAUCAACAGUCUAUUUAUUAUUCUCAAUUUGUUCUAUGAGCUGCAUACAGCUGUCCUUCUGUCCUUAUGAACAAACAUGGUAAAGACAAGUUUGCUGGCUAUUUGUGAAACUCAGAGUGCAGGCUUUUCAACUUACAGUUACACUUAUCAUAUAGUAAGGAUUGGAAUAUGAUCAAACCUUAUUCAAGCACAUCUAUUUCAUAAAGAAAUGGCCUUUGCAUUAUUAUAACAACAUGGUAACUAAACAUUAAUCUAUAAUUUCCCUCCUUUUAUAAUAAAUCAAACAUCACAGGAUUAUCUGGUACAUUCCUAACAAGUCUAUGCAACAGUCUACUCUAAUGAUACUAGUGGUUACCUAUCUCCCUACAGGUAGGUAGCUACACCCUAUCUGUCACAGGGUUGGUGCUUCUCUUGGCUUUGGUUGGUAGACCUCUGAUUCAUAUCCAUUAGGGCAGACUGUUGUUGGACUUUCCUUGCCAGACUCUUCUGUAAUGACUUAUAUUUGGAAGCUUCCAAAGCUUUCCUUACUCGUUUCUGGCAGACUGAAAAACAACAAAGCAGUAUCUUAAAACACAAAUAUAAUAUAAUUGCAAUUCCAAUAGCUUUCAACAAAAACAUUAGUUUUCCUACAAUCCAUCCUUUAAUUCCACUGAACCAUGAAACUGGAUUCAGCCAUGACAGCCAACCCCAUUCACCCUCUAGAGAGUCAGGGAUAUUAUGUUUGUUGGCAUAGGUCAGCUUUGCAUCUUCUAUCUCUUGUACAUGUUUUUCCACUACUUCUUGAGCAUUGUCUGUUUCAUUGGUAAUAAAUGUACAACACAGGUUUCCUGUCUGUGUGUACAAUGUCAUGCAAUAA